AUGGACGAGGAACCAAAGGAGAUGCACUUGCAUGACGUGCUCGAGGCCUGUUGUAUAUGCUCGGUGCGGGGCAAGCCGCUAAGCAAACGCCCGUGCUGCUCAAAGCCCAUGUGUGUGGAGUGCAUGGAGCUGUACCUCAAGAAGAAUGGCACCAAGACAGGGAAAAGCAACGUCGUGGCCGGGUGCCCGCAUUGCCGCGAGAAAAUCACAUUCACAGACGGCCACGUGCCCAAGGAUCACUAUCUCACCGACGCGGCGCAACAGCUUGCCACCGUCAGCGACCUUGUCGAAGGCGAAUAUCAAUAUGAUGUGACGAAGUGCCGACUCUGCCACUCGCCAGCCACGGCAUUGGCGCUGUUGCGUGACGGCAGUUGGACUGCUCCAUUUUGCACAGCCUGCCUGAGCAAACGCAGUGACAAUGUCGUUCCCACGGCAGAGGUGGCAACGAUCCUGCGACGAAGGCUAACCGAGCGCAUCGCUUCUUUGGAGAAACUGAGCAAGGCCAUCGCCAGCGGCUCCCAUGGUUCCCACACACACCUCAUCUCCGAGCCCAAACGCAUCGCGGAUCAGCUCUUGGCAUCAACGCACCAGCGCCUCAACAAGUUCAACGCUGCGCUUGAGGAACGGCGCCAGCGGCUGAAGACCGAAUACGACAACGCCGCCCACGCCGCGCAGCAAGCCAGCGACGACAUCAAGCAGCACGUCGCCAGAAUACGGGAGAGUGUGAAGAGCAGGCUGGACCCACGGAGUGUCAUGACGCUUGAAGAGUUUGGUCAGCGCAAGGCGGCGCUGGAGCAGGAGAUUGAGAAGGAAAAGGACGAGCACCUUUCCAAACUGGGUCGAGAAGUGCCCUCGGCUGCAACCACGACCUACCCCACCCUCCCCGCCGGCGUCCCGCGGCUGCUCGACGUGCACAUUGGCAACACCUGCGUGUCCUUUGCGCGUAUUAUGAGCCGUGCGCUGGAACGACAACACGCGCGCGUGGUCGAUGUGCUGCCAGCAGACGCCAGCGACACCGUUCGAGCCACCCGCAAGAACAUGUGGUCCUCCGCAGCCCUGCGAGGAGGGCCAGCACAAGCACGCGCAUCUUCACUUCACCACCACAUGGUGAAGGACGAGUCGGAUGACGACGAAGACGACAGUCACGACCUGGACGAAGGCAACGAUAAUGACAAUGACGAGGAAGUAGAAAAGGAAGUUGUCAUCGACGAUGAUGAUGAUGAUGAUGAUGACGAUGGGGACGGCACACCAGCACAGCACAGCACCCACAUAUUGCGGCCAAAGGCAAGACGAAAACGAACCAGUGGUAACGAUAGUGAUGACAGCGACGACGCUUUCCCCAGCCUGAUGCGGCCGAGCACGCUCAGGGAUGCUGCCAACGAUGACGAAGACACAGAUCACGGGGUGGAAGACGAUCUAGAUACAGGUCGUAACGGUGCACAGAUGACCUCUGCGAGGCCGCUUCGUGGUGCUCGCUCUUCCUCCUCGUUAUCUCUGUCAUCGUCAUCGUUGGCAUCAUCUUCGUCGCACAGGCGGGCUGCGGUUCGUGCUGGUGUGACGGUGCCGAAGCGACGCGCGAGCGAGGCCGGGUCAGAGGGGCUCAGUGACAAUGACGGGGCGGCUGGCGGUGACACCGAUGCAGCUGAUGUGGAGGUGGAGGGACGAAGAAAGAAGCCACGAAGACAGCAGACAGAAGACGUUGACUUGGAGGACGUGCCGCUGGAUCGGCGCGGAAAGCCCGUGCUGACGAGCCAGAUGCUGAAAUCCCUCCUCUCUGUGGAGCCAGACCCCAUUGAAAAGCUGUGCGAGCUCUUCCCUGGCGUUGGCGCGGAGUUUUGGAGAAAGAACAAGCCCAAGAGGAAAAACACAUAUUCAAAACGUGUCAUUGCGAUGGCUCGAGAACGCUGCGCGCCUCGUGUGUUCCAGUUCCAUGAGAUAGACGGCACCGUCAUUGCCACAGCAGAGUGUCCCACUCGGGAGGGGGUUGAGAGCUUUCGCUAUCAACACCCAGUCACCGUGGACGCGACGGAAGCGCAAGUGAAGGCGCACUUUGCCCAACAGCGCAGCUGA